UUCCUGUGCAUAGGGGUUGGACUGGGGAGAACCUUAAUUUACAUGGAACGCCUAGCGAAAAACGCGCAUGCAUUAUGCGCUAGAACCUGAGUCGUGCAUGUCUUUACACGUUUUUGUUCAUUGCACUGUCAUUGACCCGAAACCGAAAGACAGCGGCGAGUAUUAGCGACCUCAAGAUACUACCAAGUGAUAUUUCGGAAUUGUGAACAUGGCUCCCCAAGUAAACAUAUUUGCGGGUUCAUUAAUCGUUUUGAUGAUGUUAUUUUGUGGAUAUCCAGUACUCUUGCAAUCCCAUUACGUCGGUUUUAGCAAGGACAACUACGUCGCACAGAAUGUUUCGAUAAAUUUGGAUCGUUCCGUGUUUACCGUCAGUGAAAAGUUUCUCUCCGUUGCGAUCGACUCUAACAUUAUGAGGCAUCACUGGCCUCACGUGAAUUUCACUUCCGAGAGAUUGUUUAACCUUGCCAGGGGACUUUCUCCAGCAUUUCUCCGCAUUGGUGGAACGGCUGGGGAUUUUCUGAUCUAUGAUGAUUCCCAAGGGCUCCAAAAGCCCAAGAAUGUUAGUAAUUUUACAAUCACCCAUCAAGAUUUGGACAAGAUUCACUUGUUAUCCUCCAAAGCAGGUUGGGAUGUCAUGUUUGGGUUGAAUGUGCUUCUAAGGACACAAGAUGGCUCUUGGGAUGCAAGCAACCCCAAAGAAAUAAUGCAAUAUGUUGCUGAACAUGGCUAUAAUUUUGGAUGGGAGCUUGGAAAUGAACCAAAUCUUUUUGUUGAUUUCGGUAAGUCAGUUUCUCCAGAGGAACUUGCAGAAGACUUUCAUACUUUAAGAGCAAUUCUGCAGAGCAGCCCUCAAUUUGGAAAUUAUCUUGUUGGCCCUGAUGUAACAACAGUAUCAAAUCACUCCAAGUCAGCCAACUUUUUUGAGAGGUACAGUUUUUGUCAAUUUAGGUUGAUCGGCUUGAUUCAAGUAUUUUGUGUUUACGUGCAUUGAGUUACAGUCUGUAAUUGUAUUUGACGUUGUCUCAGUGUUCAAGAUUAGGGAAGGAUCUCAAACCACCACCAGAUUAGCUGCUUGACCAUAAUUUAUGAAAUUUCUCAUGUGUUGGUGAUUGAGGCUCAUGAGUGUCCAGGUAGAAUUCCUUAUUGACACCUUAUGUUCAAACUGUACAUGUAUCUGGCUUGCUGUAACAUGAAACCAGUAUAUGUAUUGAUGAGAAGGACAGAAUGUACAAGUGAUUAUAGAAACUGUAGGUGGAGUGAUCCAUAUCGCUACAGCUUUUCAAGAACAUUUUAGUGGUACAGUCUAGAAAACCCUAUUGGUUAACUAAACAUGCAAUUACACAACAUUACCAGUAAUUACAUACCAAUUAAGUACAUUUUUUUUUCUU